AGCAUCCUAUCUCAGUGUUUACCGCAAGAUCGCCACGCGCGAACGCUAUAAUGUUUUUCGAGAGUUUAUUUUUAAACGUAUCAAUACUUGGUGCUAUUGUUAUUGCAUUAUUAUUUGACUAUGUCACCAAAUUCUUCAGCUACUGGUACGUUCGACACGUUCCAUACAAAACACCAAUCCCACUGUUCGGAAGUGACUACCAUCGAGUGCUAGGAAUCCGGAACAGGUCUGAAGAAGUAAAUAACUUAUACUCAAGUCAUGCUAAAGAAAAGUAUGUUGGUUGCAUCAAAAGUCGAAUACCAGAUUUGAUUGUAAAAGACCCAAAUUCAAUAAAGAAGAUUCUGUCGACGGAUUUCUCGAAUUUCCAUUGCCGAGGCUAUGGACUGGACGGAUCUCAGGAUGUUUGUAUUCGAAACAAUUUGUUUUACUCUGAAGGUGGAAAGUGGACUCUAUUGCGUGGAAGAAUGGAGCUAUUAUUGAACAACAUGGAUCUUGAUAUCCAAGACAGCUUACAUGAAUGUUUGUCAGGAACCAAUGGAGAUACAAACGUUCAACAAUUAUUGUCUGAAAUAUUGGAUGUUGUGUUUAAAGAUUUGCUUAUCGAUAAUAAAUUAGAUGGAUCCGUUGUAAGGAACACAAGGGAAUUAUUACAAAAGAGAACCUUGUUUGAGAAGCUUAAAAGCUAUUUAAAAGACGUAUUACCUUCAGUCUAUGUGAUGUUUGGAUUAAACGUUUUAUCGGAGCAAUACUUCAGCAAAUUUGCUCAGGUUCUUGAAGAAUCGAAGUUAAUGAAAGAUAUUAAAAAGUCAGAGACUAUUUUCCAGGAUGAAAAUGAUAAUGAAAAAAAAUUUAAACUAUCUGAAUACCAUCUUAUUACUUCAUAUUUAGCUGUAUUUAUUGGAGAAGGGUAUAUUCCUUGCCACCAUGUCUUAACGGCAUUGCUAUAUGAAUUAGCAAAAAAUCCAGAAUUGCAGGAAAAUGCAAGAAAGUGUUUAAACAAUCGAACCGAAGGAGAUUGUUUAAGUCAUACCAUUAAAGAGGUUUUGCGUCUCUAUCCUCCUUACUCAGUAAUUACCAGAAAAUGUGUUAAGACAUAUCAGUUCUCUGAUAAAGAUCUUUCAAUAGAUAAAGGGAUUACAAUUACAAUACCAGUUGAGUUAUUACAAAGAGAUGAAGCUUAUUACAAAGAUGCAAAUAAAUUUAAUCCGAAACGCUUUGAAUUAAACAAUGGCUUGUCUGAUAAUAGUUACUUGCCCUUUGGCGCUGGUCCUAGAAAAUGUGUUGGACAGCAACUCGCGUUGCAUAUCAUAGAGGCUGUUGUUACCGUCAUUUUGAAGACAUUCAUCAUAGAGCCGUGUGAAACACUUCCGGAUCUAAUAAUCACAGAUUAUAAUUUUAAAAGAUUUAUUGAUACUAACGUUUCGUUGAAAUUCAAACCAAUUUCAUAGACUGAAAUAUUUUUUAAGUAUUUAAAUGAAUAAUAAUUAUUUUUAUAUGAUAGAUAAGAUAUAAGAAGACGGUGUCAAUGGGUUAUA